UUGGAGUGCCGGGACUGGGGGCUGCGCUGCUCCAUUGCACUCUCUCUAUUUCUUUCUUUCUAUCUCUCUGUCUCUCUCUCCUCUGGGUCUAAACGUGCAGCACAGGAACUGCAGCGGCAGAUAUGAACCUCUCACUUCCCCAGACUUCACAAGCAUGUAGAACAUCAAGAUGACAGAUGAGCAUUCCAUCAUUAAGGAAAUAAAAAGAUAAGGAAGAGAGAAAAUAUUCCUGUGCUUUGAACUUCUGCUACCACAUGCCUAUUGAUUUUGACUGGAACACAAUGUGUCCAUGUCACAGCCUGCACAGAUAAGGACCAGCGUGCUAAACUAUCCACACCGGCAUCAUGACUGAAGAGACUAAACAGCCCUUGGCUGCCAAAGAGCUGGAUAAUGAGUCCAAAAAACAGGAUAAGGGGACUGUGGAGCAUAAAAGCUUAAAAAAGUCCCCUGAGCACUUGCACAAUGUGAGGCUGGAGCCACAGACUGUGAACAAUCUUGCUAAGUUUGCAGAAAAAGAGAGAGACAAUACCCAGCAACGUGAGGCUGUGAUUCGGCCACAGCAGGCUGGAAAGAUUGAUUUUAAGUCACUGCAGAAUCAUUCAUUCAAUAGCAACAGGACGUGGCCCAGUGGUAAAGACAGCCCUCAGUCGCCUAGUGGAAAGAGUCGCAAUAGAGACAAGAGUAAAAAGUCAGGAAAAGGAGAGCGUGGCAACCCGCAGCAGUUGUAUAGACUGAGUAUUACAAACCCACGCUCAAAUCCCACAAUUGGGAUAGCCUAUCCCCAGCAGAAAGUCUCACCUCCAAAGAAGAUUGAGUCCAGCAGAGGUCCUGUCUCAGGCAGCUACCGCUUCCAUGUGCCAAGUAUUCCAGAGCGAGAGGCUGAACUGCAUCAGGAAGACCUACAGUUCAGAUGCUUCCAGGAUGGCUCACCUAACCCUACUUCCCAAAGCUAUACCUCACAGGCUGUUGGCGCCCCCUCUGGAGGACCUGCUCACCAAAAUCCACCACAAAUGCAACAGAAGCCCAGCCCAAUCGAGAGCAAUAGCACACAAUCUGCCAAUGACACUUUAUUCCCUGACUUUCAACUGAGCGAAACAGACACAUGGCAGUCUUCAGAUAGGACUUUCAGAAACAAUAGUUUUGGCCUUAAUUCACUAAAUCCAAACAAUCUUGUGGACUUGAACAAGUCCAAUGCUAGUUUUAUGCCCAUGCCAUUUCAGUAUGGAUACCCACUGUUAGACGAGUCAGCCUCUGAUUCCUUUCCCUGUGAUCGAAAUGCUCAAGAUUACAUUGAUGUUUCUCAUAAUUCAUUUUCCUUUCCAUCCUCUGCAGAGGGACACGAGGCCAUGAAAAGUAAUGUACAGUUUGGUAAUGAUCAGGUAGAGGACAGGCAGUCAUACCAGUUACACCCUAAACCACCCCAGUGCAUACAGACACAACAUAGUGUGCCAUCAUCUGUUCCUAGCAAUGAUGAGAGCUCAGUUUCAAGCACUUGCCAAUCAGAGCAGAGUAAAAGUGUGUCAGAUAAAUAUGAUUCUUUGGGCAAGAGAGGCUGCCAUCUUAAAAAUGGCACCACCAGCAAGAGAGUUCUUAUUCAAGGCAGUGUUCAUCAUAUUCGCAAUAUUGCACAAGGUUCAAAUUCCCAAAUACAUGUAAUUAGCCCUUCACAUAAUGGUAUUCAUGUUAGCCCAGGAUCUCUUGAUAAAAGUGUAAGUAAACAACAUGUCAGGGUAUCAAACCCAUGGGAAGGACCAAACAAAGUCUUUCCACCACCACUCAUAGACCAGACUUCUACACCUUACCCAUUUCAGUACCAACCAGCACCAGAACAGAGACCAAACGGCAAUAAUGGCCAUAUGCCUUGGCAGCAGAUAUGCUUCACAACGGCCAUGCCAAACCAAAACAGGAUUGAUCUCUCCAGGCAACUGAGCAAUCAACAGCUUACUUUUUUGAUAGGCCCAUCAGACUGGCAAGAUAAUAAGCCACGCAAAAACAGCAACCAGAAAGAUUCUAAUAACUUUCUCAACAAAAAUACAAAUGAGGGCUUCUCAAACCAAAGGCAGGAGAGUGUCAAGCAAGGCUUUAACACAAUUCCACCUUGUCAUUUUACAAACAAGGCAGAUACAAAUCAAGGUCAGGUGGGUGAUGCCAAGAAUAAGUCAUUCUUUGGUAUUAACCCCUCAGUGCCAGUGACAUCACGAAACUGUAGCUACCCUCCGUUACAUGUUGCACCCUUAGGGCUGAAAAUGGUGUCACCCUACGACUCUCCUUCACAUUCACCUACUCAAAAUCCAGCAUCUAGUAGUACAUGUUCAUCACUCUCCCCAGCCUCAACAAACUCUGUCAACAGUAACUCUGAUGACAGCCAAAUUUCAAAGGUUCUGUCCCCUCAGUUUUAUCAGCAGCAACAGGAUAAGGCAUUGAUAUCAUCCAGCAACAUGAACACCAACCAGCAUCACUACCAUUCGGAACCAUCCAGAGGCUUGCACUAUGAACAAGAAAAAACCAAAGAGAACAUUACAAGUUUCAUGCCACAUAACAGGCAUUCAAAGUCCAACAUGGACAAUGGGAAAGGUUGUCUGGAGACCUACAGAACAGAAAACCAUCCUCCACCUUCCUAUUCUGCCCACCAACUCGCAACUUCAUUAGUCUCAGCAAACCUUGACCAACUGGAUGUGCUUUUGACAUGCAAGCAAUGUGAUCAGAAUUUUAAUAACCUUGUCUCUUUUCUUGACCAUAAGCAAUACUGUGGACAGCAUACAUUUGCACAAAAUGAUUUUAAAGAUGUACCAAAAGUGGAAGACAUUAGGAAGUUUCAGACGGACCAGACAAAAGCCAUGUCAUCUGGAUCAAGUUACACAAUUUUGCGGAGUUCUUCAGAUCUGCAUCUGUCUCUACUUGGACUAAACAAGAAUGGGGAAAUAGUGCCAGAUAACGAAACCAAAGGAGAUCCACCUGCACCCCUGCCGGAUUUAGAAAUGGAAGAUCCCAAGUUGGAUAGCCUUAUCACAGAGGCUUUGAAUGGACUAGGCUAUCAGUCAGACAAUGCAGAGAUUGAUAGCAGCUUUAUUGAUGCAUUUGUUGAUGAUGAUCUGACCACUACUAAAUGUGCAUCAACAAGACAGACUUUGACUGCCAAAAACUCCACAACCUUUGAAGGUAGAACAAACAAUGAAUCAAAAUCCAGUGAGGGAUCUCAAGCUCACAGCAAAUAUCCUUUUGACUCAGACUUGGACAGCCUUAGUUCAGACAGCAAACUCACAGACAGCCCUUUCAAAGAAAGCCAACAUGAGUCGAUACAGAAGGAAGUCCUCAAAGCAGAAACCUCUCCAACAGAGUCCCAGUUGCAGGAGUCAAACUGCACACAAAUUGCGUGGGAAACAAGAAAGUCAGAGCAAAGAGAAGAGGAAAAUGAUUACAGUUCUAAGAUCCUUUUAUCAAGCAAGUUUUCUGCAAGAUGUGGACUUAAAAGCUUGCAGAGUAGCACAGCAUUAGUUAAAACAACAUCUACCUGUGCCAGUAAAAGUCCAACAGCUCAGAAACCAAUACCAACAGAAGGAAAAAGGAAGAGGACAGGUGGCGGAAGCUGGAGUAAAGAGCUUAUUCACAAAAUUGUUCAACAAAAGAACAAAUUGCAUAAACUCCAUGUGAAGGGCACCAAAAACAUGGAGUUUUCACUUGUGAUGGAGAGAGUGACUCCUGCAGUUCAGAACCCUACUUUCAGGGAGUAUGAUUACGUUUCUGAUUCAGAUGACGACUGUGAGCCUGUGAAGAUAGCCAGUCAGGGACGUCUGAGCCAAAGCAUCCGUUGCAAGUACACAUACACUAAAGAGUGCAAGGGGAGGAUUCGUGCUGACAAGAGCCGAGAAAGUUCAUGGAAACAAAACAGAAAUGAGGGCUUUGAUCCCAAGAAAGCUUUGGAUGUCUCUCCAUCCUUGAUGAAAGACAACCCUGGUCGCCAAAGGCUCAGAAGACGGAGCAGUAGGUCUUCCACAAGCAGUGAACUGAGCACAUCAAUAAGUGUUUGCAGCGACAGCAUUGGCAGUCCGAAAAGUACCGAUCAUACAGAUUCCGACUCUGAAAAACAAAUAGAAGUACAGAGGAAAGAUCAAAACUCUCUUGAACAGAAUGAAUAUGAAGAAUCACCAGCAAGGAUACGGAAAGAGUCUAGUACAUCACUGGCUUUGACUUUCACAAAAAAUACAAAAAGGUACAGCACUGAUAAGAUACUACUCACUGAGCACAAGGAUCGGUUCACUACUUCAAAAUGUUCAAGCAUUAUCUGUAAGACUGAAGAGACCGCAUCAGAGCAUACAAUGACUAAAAGUACUGUCAGCCUUGCCAGAUUCAAAACCACCAGACUUGAAAUAGAGGAAAAAGCAGACCGCUACGGUUUUGAGGCAGGAAUUAUUGCAACCACAGAGGAGCCAUUCCAAAAAGAUUACCCAAAAAAUAUCACAUCACCAAGAGGGUCUGGUAUAACACCAAAUCCAAUGGAAACCAACAACAAUAGAGAUUCUAGCCAUUUUUUUAAACUAAAAAAAGAUGUCGUUGCAUCAAAGGAUAAAUCUCACAAGAAAAGAACAAGUAGUUCUGAAUUUUCAGCACCCUUUUUUGAGAAAGCCAGCAAUGACAGCAUAUCAAGUGAAGAAACCAGCAGAAGUUCAAAUGAUAUGUUCCCUGACCCUGCACCUCUUUGCAGUUCACUUGUGGACAAAGACUGUUUAUCACCUCCAAAAGUCCAUGAUGCUACAGUACAAAAGAAUGGACAAUGUCUCAUUCCCUAUUCUUCAGAACAUGAUCAGAGUCUAAUAAAAUCGCCCCUUUCUUUUGACACAACAUCGAUGUUUGGUGACCUUUCAGUGGGAGGUUUUGAGAACAAUCUUUAUCCAGAUAUCCAGCUUGCCAAAGAGAGCUUUAGUCCUCUGGAAACCACAACAGAUAAGAAGGAACUUUUUGAGUCAUCAUUCUCACCAUUCUUAGAGCAAAGAGACUGGAGUCUGAUGGUUGAUGUUACUCCUGUGCUACCAGAUGAGAUUUCUCAGUACAAAGAGGACUCUGACUCAAAUGAAAAUAAAACCAAUUUUAACCAUGUCCCAUUUUCUUUACCUGAGAAAUUAAUGGACUACAAUCCAAAUCUCAACAGUAGCGUGUCAGUUGAUGAUCUGGAAAUAAAAAGGAUAGUUACAGAGCUUGAGAGUCAGCUGCAAACAGCCAAGCUCAGCAGCCCUUCAACAUUAGACAGCGAGCUUCCAAAACCAUUAACCAUGAGCAAAUUCUCUCCACUGAGACUUGACCCUGACAGUGAAGAAGAGGACAGUAGCUUAGAGAUGAACUGUUCCUCAGAUAAUCUGCAAAUUGACAGACCAGUAGACUCCCAAUCAGUGCUGUUUUCAGAGUCUGACUUACCAUGGUCUAGUCCACUUCCAUUUGGAUUGAUGUGUGGACAGCAAGGUCUUCAUACGCCAAUGCAUCCCUCCACUAUCAACACACCAACUGAUUCAGAACAUGACCAUUUGGAUGCAAAGAAAAGCAUGGGGCUCACCGUUUUGAACACAGAAAACGGUUCACCUACACAUCUAAACGACAAAACAGGGCCGAAUGACUCCUUAGACAAGUCAGAAGAGAUGCUUGAGCAUGAACUUUACACAGAAAAUCUGAUGAAGAGCUUGGAAGUGAUCUCAGAUUCUUUGUCUUCGGGUUUUACAUCACCUCAGUCAUCUCCUAAUCAAGAGAGUGUGGUUCCUGAGGAAGAUGACAAACAAGACCAUGAACACUAUGAACAAAAUGAGUCUGAGCAUAUGGAAUCUAGAAACGCAGAAGCAGAGCUCACAAAGUUCUCAGUGGAGAAAAGCACAUUUAUCACAAACACAGCUAAACUAGAAGAGACAACCAGUGACAUUUCUGCAUCAGGCAACCGAACAAAAGCCAGCCUAAAGGAGACUUGUAAUGACACUCUCCACAAUGAAUUAGUAGCUAAUGAACAACAGCUUGCUGAGAGUUCUUUUGAGAGUCCACAAGCUGCAUACUGCAUGAACUCAAAAGAAAUCGACUCAAAGAAAUCUUCAGUCUCCAUAUAUGAAUCCAAGUGUGAGUCCCCUGUCAGCCAAACUGAGAAUGCUGAGUGUGAUACACAGUUUGGUAUUAAAGACUCAGAUUAUGCUAUCCAAAAUCCCGACUUCUCCAAAAUAUUCAAUUUCUCAGCAUCCCUUACCAUACCAAAAGAUGAAAACACCCUGUGCGUAGGAGAAACACAGAAAUGUGAUGAAGAUUCAGCUCUAAUUACAAAUCCAGAAUUAAUUUCUGAAGACAAUGGACAUGCAUCUGACAAAAGAGGUGGAACAACAGACUGUCCGUCAAUGACAGACAUCCAACAGCCCAUUUUAAACAUCAAGUCUCCUCAUUGCGAAGACCACUUAUCAACCCAUUCACAAUUAAAUAAUACACAACAGAUGGUUUCUCCUAAACAUCUUCCUAUAGUUCUAGAUGAACAUGAAUGCACAGCCAGUGUGGAGAGAGACCUGCCUGAUAUGACAUUGUUUUCUGUGCAGUCAGAAUGUGAAGAGAAUCAACAAAAGAACACAGAGCAGAGUUCUAAACUUCUUAUUGUGAAUCAAGAACCAGAGUUUUCCUACAACUCUAUCCAAAGUCCUUCUGCGCUGAAAGAUAAUGGUCCACUACCAAGCACAGUUACCCCAGCACUGAGUAAAAACAGACCAGCCCUGGAAGACAAGAACUCAGAUCAAAUAAAUACUGGCAAGUCAGAUAGUUUUGAUCCAGCAACAACAGAAUUAGAUCAUUCAUUUAAUCCCCAUCUGGAUUUAGUAGAAAUCACAGACAGUGACAUUUCUAGGCCUGGAACCCUGUUGACUGUGGACAAAAUCUCAAAUCAACCUUUUUCUGAAAAUUCUGGGGCAUUGGAUGAUUCUCAAGAUACAGGUGCACCGUAUGAAUUGAAACUCAGCCCCCUAAACUACAAUGAAACAAGUUUUGGUGACUACAACUUUACCUCUAAAUGUUUAAACAAAGACCAACCUGAUGUAAAAUCAAACUCCACAGACAGUUACAUUCUCAAUGUGUGUGCCUUCUCUCUUGAUGAGACAUCAUCAUCCAGCCCAACAUAUAAUGCAAAUGAACAAGAGCCAAAUAUUCAGGGCCAACUGACUAGACUUGAUAUACCCGAAACCUCUAUAAAUAACAACCAAAAUGAUAUCAAAUAUUCAAGUGUCUUAGCUUCCUGCCGUAAUUAUGUUGAGGAAGGCAGUCCAAUUGACUCUGAACAAGUCUUAAAACUUAACCAAACUGACGUCAAUGGUACUGUUGAUUACAUGGAUCUGCACCUCAAAUUUCACAAGAAAGCAGAUCCUGAAAAGCUAGACCACCAGAUGAUCACUAGUGAACAUGAUACAAUGCAGAAGUCAACAAUGUUAGACAUCAAAGAGAUACCUAAUCCUCUGAUACACUGUGCAGAACCAGCAUCCAUGGGUCUUACAUUCACAUCUGUCCAAAACGAAGGACCGAGUCUAAAUGAGACAAAAACGUCACCAAAAAAGGGUGGUACACAGAAUGUAGUUCAAGGAAAAUUUCAGUGUGAAAUUUGUGCAAUGUUCUUUCGCUCACAACCUGGACUUAAAAGACAUAAAGCCAUGAAGCAUGUAGUAAAGACUGAAGGGAUUUCUCCCAUUGAAAAUCUAAAUAUGAGCAGUCAAAUGUUCAUGCCCAUUUUAAUGCCACACCCAACAGAAAAGGGACUGAAAGGUUGCAUGGAUGUUAUAAGUCCAGCAGUUCUUUCACCUCCAAACCGAAGUGAAAUCUCAGAUGGACAAGGACAGCAAGCAGAUCCACAUUUGAUCGUUCAAGGGAUUCCAAGGGAUUCUGAUAUGUCAGCUAUCCCAGAAAGUUGUAAUAUUGAUCAGACAGCUUCUCUUAAUGAAAAAGCAAAUAACAGGAAAAGCACUUUGGAAAUGUUUGCUCCAAAACCAGAUACAUUUUCAGAUGAAAUACUCAGCACUCGUAAAACAGAUACAUUGCAGGCUAUCUCUGCAGAUUUUCCAUUAAUGGUACAACAAAACUGUCCUAAGUCACCUGAAAAACAGGUCCCAAAUAGCAGUCACAGCUAUCAUGAAGUCAGUGUGAGAGAGGAACAGAAGAGCAUGGCAGUAGCUAUCAGCAGUGAAGAGCAAAAGGAAGAAACAUCUUCUUCCAUAAGGCAUUCUAUAUUGCAUAAGAAAGGAGACACAUAUGACAUUGAUGAUGUUGUGACAAAGUAUUGUGCUAUUACUCCAAAAUGUGUUCAGACAGAAGAUGUACUCUAUCCACUUGGGGAUUCUUCUGUGGCUAUCAAGCAUGAGAACACCUGUUCUCCUGCAGAAGACAGUCAUGCACUUACUGGUACUUUAGGAAUAGGACCUGAUCUCAAGGCUUUCUUUGAUGACGAAAACACUUUUUCUCUAUUAUUCCCAAGAAAUGAUGACAGGAAAAGAAAGAAAUGUGCAAGGGUCUAUGGUAAAAGCAACAAAAAGCAAAAACAACUGUCCUGUUUAAUUUUAGACUGCCCUUCUACUGGCGCCUUUGUUGAUAAGGAUGAGGAGUCUAAAGAAAAUAAUAUGAGGCACAAGUUUAGCACUGACACAAAUGACCCUUGUGAAUGCGAAACCAUUGAGAUGACUCCCAAGAGCUUAGUAAAGUGUUCUACAGAGAAUGCAUGUCAUUCAAAAGAUGACAUAAUAGAUAGACAAGCUGGUUACGAGGAAAAUGCAGAAACUGGCAUUAAAGUAUUUUUAUGGGGAAAAGAGGGCACAAUUAGACAACCCUUAGGGCAUCUGGAUGAUUUGCAUGAUUGCAUUGUGCCGGAGAACACAGUUCCUCAGGAAGAUUGUAAGCCAGUGGUUCCUGCUACAGCCUGCCCUCUCCAAAUGGUCUGUGUUCAAGAAAAUGUCUCUUGUUCGCCAAGCACUGAGAUACCAAACCUUAACACGACAAUUCAACUUCCUGUACCAUUUUUUGAGCCUGAGAGAGAUAUGACUUUGGUAGAGACUAUUACAAGCACAGAACUGAAGGGCCCUGAAAGACCUUGCAAAAAGCCUGUGGAGCGGAAGUGUAGGAAACGAAUUGAAACUGGACUCAAACCUAAGCAUAAGCAGUACAAAUGCAAAGUGUGCUUCACAUGGUUUCUCACUUUAGGUGAGCUCGACUUCCACAAGCUGUCCCACAAUCCAUCACCUCCCCCAACUUGCUAUAUGUGUGUUCAACGCAAGUUUAGCUCACGGGAACAACUUAGGGACCAUCUCAGGGAGAAACAUGCCAAAAACAAAGCAGGUGUCUGGGCUUGUGGCAUGUGCUUGAAAGAAAUUUCAGAUGUCUGGAUGUACAAUGAACACUUGCGUGAGCAUGCCACACAGUUUGCACGAAAAGGCCAGUCUCAGAGCUCCCUCUUGGACAUGCCUGGGUGUUUCAUGCAGGAAAAUGCUGUGAAGAACUUCAUAUCUUCAAUAAUGCAGCAUCGACCAAGCAGAGCUACAAAAGGAGACAUCCUUAAAUCGCCAUCUAAGGAAGAGAAAAGAACCUCUUUAGAUGUAAAUGGACAAGAUUUGAAAAUUCCAGAGGAGUUUGAUUCAACAAGUCUGAAGAUUAAAACGAGUAUUGGGGGAGGAAGUAAACAUUGUGCACUGACAACGCUUGAGGUUCUACCUAAUGCAGAGACUCCUUCCAAAAGUGCUGAGAUGCAUCCUAAUUGCAAAGACCCUUCAAGGGACUGUCACCACUGUGGCAAGCAGUUUCCAAAGCCCUUUAAGCUCCAGCGUCACUUAGUUGUUCACAGCUUGCAAAAGAUUUUCCUUUGUCACAAAUGUCCAGUGUCCUACCAAGAUGCAAAGAAGCUUGAAGAUCACCUUAAAAAUUAUCACGAGGCGACAGAUGAGCCAGACUCAAAGCAUACCACGCUGUAUACUUGUGAACUCUGUGCCGACGUCAUGCAUGUAAUUAAGAAGUCCUUCAUCUGCAGUACCUGCAACUACACGUUUUCCAAAAAGGAACAGUUUGAUCGUCACAUGGAGAAACAUCUUGCUGGAGGGAACAAGAUCUUCAAAUUCAGGGGAGUCGUGAGACCUUGCAAGCCUUUCAGUUCAAAAGAUGAUAUGUCUGACAUGCCACCAAGCAAGAAAAGGAAGGCAAUGGAGAGCAGCUUAGACAUGACAGCAUCCCAUAUGCAAGGCAUCGCAUCAGUGUUGCCAAUCAUAGAAGACACUGCUCAGAAUAGUAUGGAGGACCAUUCUACUGAAACAAACAAUACCAGUGUGAAAAUUGAAGAUGUAGCUGAGGACUUCCCUGAAGUUGUCAAGGACAUUAUAGAGUGUACAGUGCAAACUGAUUCUGCAGAACAGAGUCUUUCAUCAACAGAGCUGAAGGAAGAGGAUGAAAGCUCUUCUCCAUCUCAUAAAAUCCAAGCGGAUGAUCCCAGGGAAAUCAGUGCAACAGACAAAGAAGCUCUGACAGAAAUUUGUGACGUUAAAAUAGAAGAUGACUGUUGCACAAUUCCAACAACAUUGUUAAAUUCAGAGAUUAACAUUGACAUAAUUUCCAGACAAAACGGAGACAGGGUGGAGACAAACCCUUCAGCAAGCCUUGAAAAUGCAAGUGGACAAGGGGACUCAAGUGUAUCCACCAUUCAAGUGUGCGGUCAAACAGACACAAGUUUACCAAAGCAAGCCAUGCAACGUCUCUCAUCUUGCAGUGACUUUGAAUUCUCAUCUGUGAAGCAGUCUUUAAACGAGACAAGCUAUUUGAAGCAGGAUCAAACAACCGAGACUUUAUUUUCAAUCAACAGAGAUGAGAAUAAAGAUGACAAGAGUGAACAGCCGACUACUGGCCAGGCUGAUCACAUAACUAUGGUUAAAUCUGAUGAAACUUUGAAACAUAGUCUUGAAAAUAACCCAAGGUGCCUUGGUACCACUGAUUCUGCACGUCACCCCAACAUCUCUAAAACAUGUGAAGAAAAGGACUCGACCAAACAACAGAAGAAGAGGAAAGAACUUAAGACACCUCUCAGCUCUCAGAGAACACCAUCUCCAACUGCAAGGGAAAAUUUGGGCAUCGACCCAAAAAUCAAAAAGAAGUUCAGACCUAGCAGGUGUGAAAAUAUUGACGGUCAAUGGAAAACCGAUCUUCCCAAUGACUAUCAAGUGCUUACAUCAGUAAAGGAUGACACGGUCAGCAACAAAAUAAUCUCCAGGCAUAAAAUAGGAUCUUCUAAUCUGGGUCUUCACCUAAAAAAAGGUUCGGUAGAUUUCACACAAAAAAAGGUUGAGACUGUACGUCACUUCAACGGAGAUUGCAAAGUGAAAAAGAGCAUUCCAAGUAGACCCAUCCAUUCCCCUUCUUCCAGGGUCUCUACCCUUAACAACUCAUUUAAUAAAUCACGGUCCAAGCCAGGGGUCAGAUCCAUAGAGACUCACUCAUAUCGUACUGCAGAGUCACAAAACAACCUCCUCAGCCAGCUGUUUGGCCAAAGACUAACUAGUUUUAAAAUUCCUUUAAGGAAGGACACUUCUGAAUCUAUUAAUUAAGGAUUAAAUGGAUGCUAUUAACGAGGAGGUAAUUAAGUGAUCCACUAGGCAUGUUAUUAAGGCAGUUUAUUCAUGAGACUAGGAUUGUAUGCCCCUCCUCUGUGAAAUCAUUUAAUUCCUUGUUUAGUCACUUUAUCGCAUUCCUCUUGUAAAUGUGUAUUUACAUGUAUGUGAAGACCAACAACAACACAAAAGAAAUGUAUGAAUAUAGGAUGAAUUUGUUGGUUACAAAUGAGUUUAUCUUCUCUAUUUUAUAGUGGAGCAUUAUCCCUAAGAGAGUGUAUUUCAUCAACAACAAAGAAAGGUUUUCGUAAAAUCAUUUACUUGAAAUUGAACUGAGAAUAUUUGAGUUCCAAAUAAUGCAUGACACUUUUACAUUACAUGUUCUUGGAUGUUUUCCUAGCAUCAGGACCGAAAGACAUCCUAAGUCUGGAUCGUGUCAAUGUGCCUAUUGUAUAUGCUUCAGAGAAUUACUCCUUCAUACUCUUUUACUUUACUGUAUUGCGAAGACAAUCAUUAGUAUUAGCUUUUGUAUCACUAAUUGGUGCUAUUGUAUUAUAAUUAUUAUUAUUAUUUGUGUAAUGUGAACACAAAGUCUUAUAACUGAAGGGAACAUGUAGCAAUUACAGUCAUCAUUGCUGGUACUCAACAGUUUUAGAGUAAAUGACACAAAAAUACUGUGUAAGAUCAAUCGAAAAAGAAAGGGUUCAUUUGUGUCUCCAUUUGAUGUGUUCAGAGGAGGGCACGGGAAAAGCCUUUUCCAAAACUGAAUUUAGUUUAAUUUCAUCUGUAAUAUGAACUCAGGUGCUAUUAUUGCGCAUGAAACCCUUAGGAAUUCUUCCCAUGCACUGAUGUUACCAUACAAAAACCCCACACAUGAUCUAUAAUGUCCCCCAGUUCUUUAAUUAUUACUAUUUACUAGGACAAAAGGUGCUUUGUCAUGUUUAUAUGUAUCUUGUAUUGUAUAAUAUUGUAGGUUGAUCUAUUCCAGUGCAAUGCAUAAUGUCAAAGUUCUAUUUUAAUAAUGUGCAAAAGAUGAAGAGAAAAAGGAAAACACAACGCCUACUAAAGGCUUAUGAGUGGAUCACAAAGUGCAUCAUAUAAACUUGUUUAUUAAAAAAAUAUAUUUGCAUUAAACCUUUUGUGUCUGUC